AAUGAGCCCAUUAACAAGAUCCAGCCGCCACGGAGUCUAGGGUUCAUUCCUUCGGCGUAGGUUUGCUUAUCGGAGCAGGACCCCCAAAACCGCGACCUGCUUCCUCUCUAUCUCUGCGCGCCUACAAGGUUCUCUCUGGUUCGGCUUGUCGAAUUGUGGUGCUCCGGAGGCGAAUUCGUUUUGCUGAAAGAGAGGUGUGUAAGCUGGGGCAUGCUGUAAUAAUCAGAAAUGGAUAUAAAGACAGUGAAGGAUGCAUUUGACCAUGUCGUAAAAAAACAGAAACUUACGUCAUCGAAAGCUAUUGAUCUGGUGAAUCAUGUUGAGAAAGAAAUUGAGCAGGCCAUCAGUGCCAUCCAGGAAAACGGCACAGAUGGGGAUGUUGCAUCAAAACUGAACCAUGAAAUUCUUCUUAAUCUGAAGAAGAAGCUGAAAGAGAUGGUCCCAGUGAAGCAGCUUGAAAGCUGUCAGAAAGAAAUGAACACUGUUAUUGGAAAAUGGGUCAAGACCACUGAUAAGUUCUUCAUCGAGGAUAUUUCGAAAGCCUACAGAAAUGUGGAUAUGGAACCUCAUCUACUGAGUGAACUUAUUGCAAACCAUCUGUAUCGUGAGGCAUUAUUCGACAUAGGUGAUAAAUUUAUUGGAGAGGCCAGUUGCCAGGCAUCUAUAGAAAUGAAGCAACUGUUUCAGAUGAUGUAUGAGAUUCAUGGCGCAUUGAGGGCUGGGAAGCCUGAGCCAGCUCUGAGUUGGGCAAUGAAUAAUCAUGACGCACUACUGCAAAACGGUUCCUAUCUAGAACUGAAGCUUCACCGAAUCAAGUUUGUCGAGAUACUUAAGGAAGGAAACAGAGAUGAGGCUCUGCUUUAUGCCAGGGCAUACCUGACACCAUUUGCUCCCAUACACAAGGAUGAGUUCCAGAGGCUGUCAGCCUCCAUAAUAUGGGCUGGGCGCCUCGACCAGUUGCCCUAUACAGAUUUCUUAUUACCAACAAACUGGGAGAAAUUAGCGGAGGAAUUUGCUCAACAGUUCUGCAAUCUGAAGGGCCAGUCCUCCACAGGUCCCAUGGGUAUGACGGUUGCAGCCGGAGGUCAAGUGUUGCCAAUUAUUCUUAAGCUGAUGACUGUACUAACUGCGAAAAGGGAGUGGCAUUCAAUGAAGCAAGUCCCAUUCCCGCUGGACCUCCAUAAGGAGUUUCAGUUCCACUCGGUGUUUGUCUGCCCUGUGCUCCGUGAGCAAGGUAGCAAUGACAAUCCUCCGAUGCUUCUGCCAUGUGGGCAUGUCUUGUCGAAGCAGUCGACCAUGAAGUUAUCGAAGAACAGCUCCCGGUCAUUUAAGUGCCCAUAUUGCCCAUUGGAAGCAUCGACAUCUGAGUGUAAGCAGCUCCAUAUCUGAGAAUUUCGUACUGUAUGCGUCGCCUUUUGUGUGCAGCAGUUUAUCCUCAUUCUUUUCCUAUCAACAGUGGUACCUUUCAUUACCUUGCUAACUGCUAUGUUUUUGUAUAUAGAAUAUGAAAGAAAUGUAAUAAGAUUAUAUUGGAUUGUAAAGUCGUGUUAGAUUGACUUGGAAGUGCUGAUGAAACUUUGCUGAGAUUUUUUACCAA